ACACAGCUUCUUCACUGAGAGCUUUUUUUCUAGGGUUUCUCUUUCUCUUUCACUCUCUCGUCGUUGCUUACAAUGCGACUCUUCCUCACACCGUCAAUGGCGAAUCUCUCCAUAUUCCUUUCAAUUCUUCUCCUCUCUCUUCCUCUUCCGUCAAUCGGAGAUCUCGCCGCCGACAAAUCCGCUCUUCUCUCUCUUCGUUCCGCCGUCGGUGGUCGCACAUUACUCUGGGACAUCAAACAAAUCUCACCAUGCAACUGGACCGGCGUCGUAUGCGAAGGUGGUCGUGUUACCGUCCUUCGUCUUCCCGGCGAAAAGCUCUCCGGUCAUAUACCGGAGGGUAUUUUUGGUAAUUUAACUCAGCUCCGUACGCUUAGUCUCCGUCUCAAUGGUCUUACUGGUACUCUUCCUUUGGAUCUCGGAAGCUGUUCCGAUCUUCGGCGUUUGUACCUGCAGGGUAACAGAUUCUCCGGUGAGAUUCCGGAGGUUUUGUUUAGUCUUAGUAACCUCGUUAGGUUGAAUCUAGCGGAGAAUGAAUUUACCGGCGAGAUCUCUUCAGGGUUUAAAAACCUUACUAGGCUUAAGACUCUGUACUUGGAGAAUAACAAGCUCUCUGGCUCUCUUCUUGAUAUGGAUUUGCCUUUGGAUCAGUUCAACGUUUCUAAUAACUUGUUGAACGGAUCUAUACCUAAGAGUCUGCAGAAAUUUGAUUCUGAUUCGUUUGUGGGAACUUCACUCUGUGGCAAACCGCUUGUUGUCUGCUCUAAUGAAGGAACUGUGCCUAGCCAGCCAAUUUCUGUUGGAAAUAUUCCCGGAACUCUUGAAGGAAGUAAGGGGGAGAAGAAAAAGAAGAAGCUUUCCGGUGGAGCAAUAGCUGGAAUAGUGAUUGGAUGUGUGGUUGGUUUCUCCCUGAUUGUUCUGAUUUUGAUGGUUCUCUUUAGGAAAAAGGGGAACGAGAGAACAAGGGCCAUCGACAUUGCAACCAUCAAGCAGCAUGAAGUUGAAAUUCCUGGCGAGAAAGCGGCCGUGGAAGCACAGGAGAAUAGGAGCUAUGGAAAUGAGUACUCCCCGGCUGCGAUGAAAGCCGUGGAAGUGAAUAGUUCAGGGAUGAAGAAGUUAGUGUUUUUUGGGAAUGCGACAAAGGUUUUCGAUCUUGAGGAUCUGUUGAGAGCUUCGGCGGAGGUUCUGGGGAAAGGAACGUUCGGUACAGCGUAUAAGGCUGUGCUUGACGCAGUUACAUUGGUGGCUGUGAAGAGGCUGAAGGAUGUGACGAUGGCUGACAGAGAGUUCAAGGAGAAGAUUGAGGUUGUUGGGGCGAUGGACCAUGAGAACUUGGUGCCCUUGAGAGCAUACUAUUACAGUGGAGACGAGAAGCUGCUUGUCUAUGACUUCAUGCCUAUGGGAAGCUUGUCAGCUCUCUUACACGGAAACAAAGGCGCAGGUCGGCCUCCAUUGAACUGGGAAGUCAGAUCAGGCAUCGCCCUUGGAGCUGCUCGUGGCUUAGACUAUCUUCACUCACAAGACCCACUGAGCUCUCACGGAAACGUCAAGUCUUCCAAUAUCCUCUUAACAAACUCCCAUGACGCACGAGUGUCUGAUUUUGGCCUGGCUCAGCUUGUAAGCGCCUCAUCCACAACCCCAAACCGGGCCACUGGGUACCGUGCGCCAGAAGUAACUGACCCGAGGCGUGUCUCACAGAAAGCGGACGUGUACAGCUUUGGUGUGGUAUUGCUGGAGCUUCUCACCGGAAAAGCGCCGUCUAACUCGGUGAUGAACGAGGAAGGAAUGGAUUUGGCGAGGUGGGUGCAUUCAGUGACGAGAGAGGAAUGGAGGAAUGAGGUUUUUGACUCGGAGCUGAUGAGUAUCGAGACAGUGGUCUCGGUGGAAGAAGAGAUGGCGGAAAUGCUGCAGUUGGGUAUUGACUGUACAGAGCAGCACCCAGACAAGCGGCCAGUAAUGGUGGAGGUGGUGAGGAGGAUCCAGGAGUUGCGCCAAUCGGGGUCAGAUCGGGUGGGGUAAGACCAUCAGAUGAAACUUUGCUCAUGGAUCAGUUCGAUGAUAUGAAACGACAGCGUUUUCGGUGUUUGAUUAUUAAGUGUUUAGUUUAAGAAUAUGGCGGGAAUUAGAGUUGAGGUCGUUAAUUAGCUGUUU